AUGAAUUACCCGUGCAGUCCCAAAAGAAUGAAGCUUUACGAACUACUUGUUCGGUCCGGACGUAAUAUUGUUAAAAAUGUCGGAGAGCAGAAUUUGCAAAUGCCUGAGCACAUUUGGUGUGGACAGGCGCUAGAAAAAAAAAGGUUUAGCGGAGCGUCACCCUUGGCCACAACAGUGUCAAUAUCCUUAUUGGGAAAUUACAAAUACUCAAAUUCAUUAAAAAAAUAUGGAAUUCUGCUGAAAUCGUGCUUGAAAAGCUUUAUUUUCAUGUUUUCCAAACUGAAUAUAUCGGGGCUGAAGAGGCUCGGUGCGCGCCUAAGCACUAUAAAACAGUUGAAUGUUUUGUUGGCUAUUUGA